CAGGUCUCUCAGCUAUCAACACCAAACAGCAAUACACACGAUCAGCACCACAGACAGCAGCGGCGAUCAGCAGGAAAAAGGGUCGGGGAAGGGGGCAGCAAAAAAGAGUCGCUGUAGUGGGUAUGGGAUCACUUCGCGAGCAAAAAAGAGUCGCUGUAGUGGGUAUGGGAUCACUUCGCGAGGUUCACGAUGUGCUCGCGGCGAGCCUUGACAGCCUCCUCGUUGAGCCGCACUGGGGGUGACUGCGAAAAGUCGAGAAUCAGGUCCCACGGACCCAAUACCACCACCGGGGCCGGGUGUGGGUACGAGGUUGGUUGGGCUUUCUGACAGUUGGCACAGCACGCCGGCCGCUGGAACCAGAACUCCGCUUCUCCGCCCUGCUGAACCGCCCCGCCUCGUACCGACCGAUGAGUGCAGUUGCUGCAAAGCCAGAUGCCGGUGAAGAACAGCUGGUCCACCGAGUGCACGAAAGGCUUCAGCUGCUCCGGGGGCGCUAGAUCCACGGGAUGGACACCAGGGGGCAGAGAGGGAGCGGGGUGGGGGGGUGUGGGAUCGUCCUGCUGCUUCUGCUCGUUCUCCUGCUCUCGCUCCUCAGAGCCUUCCUGGUCCUCAGAGUCUCUCUGUUGCUCCUCGUGGUCGUGGUGUCGCUCCUCAGAGUCUCCCUGUUGCUCCUCGUCCUCGUGGUCGUCGACCUCUUCAGUGUUGGGGUUGUGUGUGUGUUGAUGCUCGGGCGUGGCGGAUGGGGGCUGUGGUGUGGCCGUCUGCGGCGGUGGUGUGGUCGUCUGCGGGUUUGUGGGGUGCUGCUGGGUCUCGGACGAUUGCGACGGCUCAGCAGCCUCAGGCGUCUGCACACGCGCCGCUGCCUCUGCUCGGACGACAGCAGCAUGCUUGAGCUCAACACCACCGUGGCGCCGCGCAGCACCACCGCUCCUGUCCAACGUGACGUGUCGGUGGGGGGGCGGCGGAUGACGAGAACGAGACCGAGAGCGAGAACGAGAGCGAGAACGAGACCGAGGACGAGGUGCACGCUUGCGGGGAGGGGGAGGGGACCGCCGAGUCGCCGUGGGACGCUCGAUCUCCUUCUGCACCACGGACUGACGGCGCUUCGCGUCGUUCACACUCUUGUCGUACUUCCCCCUUGAGAUGGCCGACUUGUCGCGCCGCUUAUCGAGCUCAUCUAUCUCGUCAGUGAUCUGCUCUUUCGCGUAGAAGAAGCCCACCAGCUCGUGCUGGUCUCGUCGGUCGUAUUUCACUCUCCUGAGCGAGCGAUCGACUUUCUCACGGAUGGUACUGGGCGCGUUGUGGUCGGUGAACAGGUGGCCACGGACGAGAUCAGAGGGUCGAGGAGGACGAGAUGGACGAGAUGAGGGCUUGGACAUGACGACAGCAG